UUGGGUAACUUUACUCAGAGUUCAUUGUGAGCAGCAGGACGGCAGCUUUACAACAGAGCUACAGGUUAACAGCAGUGUAAAACGCUGUAGGUUUACAAAACAGCUGGACCGGACUGCUGGAUCUCUCUGAGCUGAAAGGAAAAGGCAGCUGGUGACCCAAACAACCUGAGGAUGUUCGCUCUGAGGACGUUUGUUCUGCUGGGACUGAGCUGGACGUGUCGAGCUGCAUCUAGUGAUCCGUGGGGUCAGUGUCCAGUCAAGAGAAAGUGCAAGGACAAGUUUGGAGACGGGUCAUGUGACAGAGAGUGUAUGGCGCCUGAGUGCCUCCAAGACGGCUUCGACUGCCUGAAGGACAGGGGACAGUGCAAUCCGGGCCACAUCCAGUACUGCCGCGACCACUACGCCAACUCCCACUGCGAGCAGGGAUGCGACAGCGCCCCCUGUGGAUGGGACGGCAGCGACUGCUUCACACACCAGAGCCCCAUAUGGUCCAAAGGCACCCUAAUCCUUCACACCAACAUCCCACAGCAACGUGGCACCCUCGCCAACAGCUCCCUGCUCUGGGCGCUCAGCGUCCUCCUCCAGUCGCCACUCAAACUAAGAGGAUACGCCCCCCUCUCCACCAACGGGAACUUGUUUGACUUCGACAUUCAGCAGCUCGCAAACCUGCUGGCUCAGGCAUCUGCGACUGACUCCAAUGGCUCACUCCUUUUCCUCCAAGUGGACAACAGGCCGUGCUCCCGUCUGCCCUCUACCUGUUUCCCCCAUGCCACCGAGGCAGCCAGUUUCCUGCGUGCCGUAAUGUUGCUGAAGCCUGGCUCGUUCCCCACCCUCCCAGAGCUGAAGUCCGUCAUCAGUAUAAGAGGUGUCCGAGAGGAAAUAGGAAGCAGAGAGGAGGAAACGGUAAAAGAGGAAAUCAAAGAGACGACCCCUGCAUGGCUGUGGGCCGUGAUCGCCGUUGCGAUUGGCCUGCUGCUGGUGCUGGCGCUGGUGGUGUUCCUGGUGGUGAGGAGGGUGAGGCAGCGGCGGGCGGAGAGGGAAUGUGGCAACAGGGUGAGACACCGGUCCACGGUCACAGACAUGGACCCCAAAUCCAAGGCCUUGACGACACACCAAGUCCACCAGGAGCAGAGGGUGCGAUCCAGCAGAGAGAAAGACAAGAUCAGCUUGAGGAAAAAGAAGAAAGCGAAGGAAGCGGAGAAAAAGAGAAGGAGGGAGCCGCUGGGGGAGGAUGCCAUUCGAAUGCGACCUCUCAAACGGGACCAAGAUAUAGGAAGUGACACAGACUUCACCCAGAGUUCAAUGGAGGACAUCAAUGCGAGGUGCUCCAGGCGGCAGGAGGACGCCUCCAUCUGCGACCACAGGAGCCCGGAGCAGAAACACUACCGCGGUGGGACCUCGCAGCCCCGCAGACCUGUACAACCUCCACCUAGAGGAUGGGAGAGAAACGCCAUGCCGCCUCCUCUGCUCAGUCCGCCCCAGCAGUCUGCAGAGUGGUGUGGCCCUGAUGGCUCUGUGGUUCUGAUCCGAGCGGUGCGUAGCGGGCUGGACAGAGUGGUUUUGGAGCUGCUGCGAGCAGGAGUACCAGUCAACAACACCGAUCAUACCGGGAGAUCCGCCCUGCACUGGGCAAGCUCAGUAAACCACCUCUCCCUAACAAGGACCCUAAUUCGCUACGGGGCCGCUGUCGACCUGCAAGACAACAAGGGCGAGACGGCGCUCUUCCUCUCUGCCAUCCAUGGUUGCUAUGAUACAGCCAGACUUCUCCUCCUCCAUGGCGCCAACCUUGAGUUGCACGAUCGAAGAGGACGACGUCCAGUGGAUGUGGCCAGAGAGGGCAUGCGUCACCAGGUCCUGGAGCUCCUACUGGCUCACCAAAUUCAGAGAGGGCCCGUUCCCGUCGACUCAACCAAUGACAUGAUGUGGGAGGAGCGAACUCUGAUGUACUCGCCGUGGGUCGGAUCACAAGGCCUGCCUGGAAGAAGUGCGUCCUUCUCUGGGAUCAUAGGGCAUCGAGAUAUGACCCCGCCUCCACCAAAUGAUUGGUCAAUGAACCGAGUGCAGUACCCCUCCCCUCAGAACUGGCGACCACAGCUCAACCAAUCAGCAACAGCGCUGGUCCCUCCAAGAAUCAUGGGCCGCUCCCCUCGGCCAAUCAGCACCUUACAGGAGGUGACCUCAGAAGACGAGGAUCGCGACAGGCAUCAGGAAGUCCCCAGAGCCGCAACGCCUCACUUCCUGUCGCCCCAGCCCGCCCCCAGACAGCGUUCCUUCUCGUGCACCCAACAUGCAUUGCAGCGUCGCUCCAGUGCCCAUCAGCCAGAGCCCAAUUAUGUUAUUGUGACAGACAGAACAGCCAUUGAGCCCAUAGAAAGAGUCGUUGUUUCACCUCCCACAGAUGCCGCCGUCCAAUCAGAUCGCCCGCCAGUUGUUAAUGACGACAAUCCCGUUAGAGCAGAACAAGCAGCGGUGAGUUUAACAAAUUCAGAGCAGAAAUCCAGAGGUGAGAGGUCAAACAACCACGCUGACUCCACACAAACAGCCUUGUAGAGAACAGAAACAAAACUUCAUCUGCCAUUCAGCCCGUAAGAAUAGCAUCAAAGAACACACGAAGAAACGAAUUAAAUGACCCGAAAGAGAGACACUGAGUUUGACAUUAGGUGUCUUUUUUUGUCCAGCCCAAUGCAAACCUGAGGGCUUACAAGCGUGCCCAAAACUUGAAGGAGUCCAGCCUUUAUUUACUGUCAUUUUGGGACCUUAAUUAUUAUCCACUAUGCAUCUGUUUGGCGUCACCUGACACCUUGACAGCUUGUUAGAUUACUUAUUUUUUUACACACAGAUAUGGAAGCAAAUACGAGAUUUAUGUAUUGAGAUUUUUACAGCCACCGUUUACAUAAUCUUGACAUUUUAACACCACUGAAUUCAUGGCAUUUAAAUAUUUCACUUUGAAAACCAUGUAUCAAUUG